UUUUUUUACGGGGGCCUGGACAUGUCUUAAAAACUUCUCAAAUGUUUUAAUUUGUUUUGGUGGCUGUCUCCGUUUCAUGUUGUAAUAAAAGAAGUCCAGAAACGUUUAAAUGGAAAAAGUAAAGGUACCGUUUGAACAAAGGGAAGCUGCAGCAUUUAAGACCACAACAUAAAGGUGAGUGGUUUUAAAACUAGACAGGAACGUGUGACUGGCGGUGGUUUUGGACAGGAAGAGCUCAAAUGUGACGCAUUUCUCAUGUUCUGCAAGAUUGUUAUUUCCUGCCCAACAUUUUGCUAUCAGACAGUAAAAGAUUUGAACUCUGACAGUUUAUGAUGUCUUUGUUUCUGAUUCUGCUGAUUAUUAUCAAGGCGCCAGGAAUCGAUGCUUCGACUGUGUUUGUGCAGACGGGUGGCGAUGUUUUUCUUAAUGUCUCAGAAGCGGAUAUACCCCAGGAUCUUCACUUCUUCUUAUGGAAAUUUGUCUCAAAUGAUGUGCUGGUGUCUUUCUUUUCAAACGGAGAACCAAAGAUCCACGAGGCUUACGCUGGAAGAAUCGAACUUUUAGGACAAAAACACUCAAUUAAAUUAAAGAACCUCCAGAAAUCUGACAGUGGACUUUAUACGGCAGUCGUAACAGCAGCUUCAAAGCAAACACUGACUGAGUACAACGUCACAGUUCAAGAUCCAGUGAGUCCAGUCGAUCUGGUCAUUGACUCCGUGUCCAGCGCCUCUUCCUCCUGUAACCUCACAGUGACAUGCAUCACUGAGGACUCGGACAUCAGCAGCACUUUCAGAUGUACCACCAAAACCUGCCAUCAGGAGGGAGGAGAGAAGUCAAAGGCCACUAAAUCCGGUGCUUCUCUCCAUGUCUGCCUGUCAAAUUUAUCGAUCGUCUGUAAUCAUAGCAACCGGGUCAGCUGGUCAGAGAAGAAAACCGCGACUGAUCUCCUUUGUUACCAGUAUAUUGAUGCAGACGGGCUCUCUGGAGUCUCCAUUUGUGUAGUGAUGGUGGUCGGUCUGAUCAUCAUGGUGUUGGCUGUCAUUGGUGUCCACCUCACUGAGAAGUUCAAGAAAUAGAAAGAACUGGUUGCUUGUUUAAUGUUUGUAAGAAAUGGGUGCUGCCGAGUGUUGGAGCGGAGAUAGAGAGAGGCGUGGCUUGAUGCACGUCUUUGUUACUCCUCCAAGGCUCAGCUCGGAGGGCAUAUGUUGAUAAAGAAUUGAGACAGCACACGGGUUGAGCAAAUAACUUUUCAAUGAGAGGAUUUAUUCUUCCUUAAAUCAACAUGAAAUCAAACUUUUAGUAACCUUUUAAUUACCUAAAUGUCCAUAUUGACUAGUUAUGUGACCCUAGUUAAGUCCAGAAUCAACAUCUCAUGGCCAUAGCUUCUUUAAGCUAUUCUAGUCAUUAAACUCACAAAUAAACCAAAACCAGAUAAAAAAUACACUUUGUUAAUCAUGAAUCAAUUUUCUUUAUGCAUCACACUGUUUCCACUAUAUUUACAUUUUUUUUUACAUUUUUAUCAUUAAAUGAA